AUGCAAGCAGAAUGCAAACUUGCAGGUCAGAAUGAGUCCAAUUGUUGUCAACAGCAAUGUCCAACCAAAGUUCGGGUGGAUAUUUCAGAGGAUCUCAUGGAAUCAUUAACAUUACUUUGUUUGCCAACGCCGGAAGCAAAUGCAAUCUGGACGAUACGGAUGAUCAAGGGUUCCGAUGUUGAAGCUAUCACAGAGGCUGAUCUGGUAGCUUUUGUAAAAUCGGUUUUCCGAUUAGCAAUGCUUGAAAAGGCAAAGGGUAAGAAAACAUCUGAUUACACCUUUCACAUGAUCGAUAGAGCUUUGCAAAAUGUUGCUAUCCAUCGUUCGCACGGAACAUUUAAGGUAUACUGCCGUCCUCUUGAAUUGUCAUCAUUCCAAAAAAUAAUUAAAGAAUUGGAAUAA